CCCCCACGUUUACACCUGAAUGAGUGCCAAGCCUCUCUCUCUCUUUCUCUGGGACUAUAUAAAGGAAGGAUUUCAGGCAGGAUUUCCACAGUUGCAGAAAAACUCAGGAGUGGCCAUAGCAGCAGCAGGAGCUCUCUAGCCAUGCUUCCUCCCUCUGCUCUCCAUCUUCCUGGCUUCUUGCUUGCCUGUGUGCUCCUGCGGAGCUGCUGGGCUUUUAAGAACGAUGCAACGGAGAUCCUUUAUUCACAUGUGGUCAAAUCCAUUCCUGCCAGCCCUGGUGGCAGUAGCAGCAGCAGCAACAACAGUGCCUUGAAUCAAGCCAGGAAUGGAGGAAGGCAUCCUGGAUUUGAUCGGAGCAGUCGUGUUCAAGUUGGCUGCCGGGAACUGCGAUCCACCAAAUAUAUUUCUGAUGGCCAAUGCACCAGCAUCAAUCCUCUAAAAGAGCUGGUAUGUGCUGGGGAGUGCCUCCCUUUGCCAGUGCUCCCUAACUGGAUUGGGGGAGGUUAUGGAUCCAAGUACUGGAGCAGAAGGAGCUCCCAGGAAUGGAGAUGCGUCAAUGACAAAACUCGCACACAGCGAAUUCAACUUCAGUGUCAAGAUGGAAGUACAAGAACCUACAAGGUAACUGUGGUUACAGCUUGCAAGUGCAAGAGAUACACCAGGCAACACAAUGAAUCCAGCCAUAGUUUUGAAGGAACAUCUCAGACAAAGCCAGUCCACCAUCAUAAAGAGAGGAAAAGGAACAGCAAAUCCAUGAAACAUCCUCCAAGUUAGAACUGGACAAUAUCUUUUAACUAUUGAACUUAUUAAUAACCAUCUGCUUUACAGACACCACCAACUGACAGAAACACCACUGUUCCUUCUCAGCUGAAGAAGAGCCUGCAUACAUUUGUAGCUUUGACCAAAUUCAGAAGGGCAUUCUGUGCAUCCAGACUUAUGGGCAUGGCCAAAUAUGAUUGAAUUCUGCUUCUCCUUUUUUCUUAGUGGACACAAAGAGCUGUUACCAUGAACGUUCAAUGAAUUUUAUAUUGUAGAGAGCUGCUGUUGUGAGUGCUCAUGGGCGCACCUUCCUGAUCAAGUAUUUCACCAGGAUCUCACAUAUCUUAUUUAAAAAGGAGAUAAAUGCUUUGUAUUUCACUCUGGUGAAACAAAAGCAUUGUGCAUGCUGAUCUUUUCCUUUCAUGCAAACAUCGGUACUACCAAAUUAUGAAAAGAAAACAGUAUAUGCAUGACAGCAGCUGUAAAGUAAUUUUGAACAAAGCCUAUUUAUUUGUCCAUGUAAUUAUUUAAUGAGCUUUUAUGUGUUUUCUACUUUUAAAAGAUCCUUGCUUUAUGUCUCAUCACUUUUUUUAUGCAUCAAAAUAUUUUCCUAUGAUUUGUGGUCAAAAUUGAAAUAUACAUUUUGUAAAUAAUGUAAAAUGGAUAUUUUAACCUUUUCAAGUUUCUUUUUUUUCAUUCUUUAUUUUCAA